AUGGGGAGAGCUCCUUGUUGUGACAAGGCUAACGUGAAGAAGGGAGCAUGGUCACCUGAGGAGGCCGCAAAGCUGAAGGCUUAUAUUGAGGAGCAUGGAAUUGGAGCCUAUUGGCUCUCACUGCCUCACAAGAUUGGCCUGAAGAGGUGUGGGAAAAGCUGCAGGUUGAGGUGGCUUAACUAUCUGAGGCACAACAUCAAGCAUGGUGGCUUUUCUGAGGAAGAAGACCAAGUCAUAUGUAGCCUCUACAUAAGUAUCGGAAGCAGGUGGUCAAUGAUUGCAGCCCAGCUGCUAGGGAGAACAGAUAAUGACGUCAAGAAUCAUUGGAACACACGGCUGAAGAAGAAGCUACUUGGCAUGCAAACAGAGCCAUCACAAUCUCCAUGCCUUCCUGCACAAACCCUAAGUGCAUCAGCUCUUCAAAGGAUGCAGCUCCUGUAUGCUUUCUUCUUGUCCAACAUCCCUGCGCUGGGUGGCAAGCUUUUGGAGACAUCUCAUCAGACCCUACCGCAAAUGGAACAGGAAAUCCAGAUCUCGAUGAGCCAAAUUGUACAAGAAGAUAUGGAUUGUUCAUGGCAUGGAGUUCAUCCUUUGCAGUACCUAAUGAUGGAAACGAGAGUAUGA